AUUAUCCCCAGGACAACAACAAUGACGGCAUCAACUAUCUUGUGAUAGGCGUACUCAUAUAGACCAUUUUCGACCGAAUUAUCGAACAACGCCCGAGACGAACGAAAGCCUCUGUGCAAAACCACACCCACAAAGACAGCACAUCUUCUACUAUACAACAAACAACAGAAAGUAAUCCAGCAUGAGGAUACGCAUGCCCUUCGCCGGCAUCUUCGCCGCCCUCCUCCUUCUCUCCGCCUACGCCGGCCUUUCCUCGCUGCACAUGCCCCAAGGCACCCUCCUCAACGACAAAACCCUGCAUUUUCUCGUCUUCUUCCUCUUGACCGUCACCUUUUACUGGAUUCUCGACACCACGCGCCGACGCAUUUUACAUUUAACCCUUUCGGUGGUCACCCUGGGCAUGGGCGUGGGUUCCGAGUUCGUGCAGGCCGCGAUCCCGAAUAAUGGCAGGGAGUUUGACCCCUAUGAUAUUUUGGCGAAUCUGGUGGGCAGUUUGCUGGGCCUGGGAUUGUGUGGGUGGUAUCACAAACGGAUGUUGGAAAGGAGGAGGGUGAGGAAGUACACGGCUGUUCCUACGGGGGAGGACAUCCCUGAGGGGGAUGUUGAUUUGGAACUUGGGGAGGUGAGGAGGAGUGGGGAGCAUGAGGAGGGGGUUGUUGUUGCUGCUGCUGCUGCGGCCUCUGUUCCUGCUGCUGCGGCUUCCCCGGCUGCGGCUACGGCUACAGCCAAGAACAUGUCACUUGAGGAGGAGUUGGAUAACUGGGACGAGAACGCGGUUGAUGCGUGGGAUGAUGGUGAUGACGUGGGUGAUGUGGGUGGAAGUGGUGCUGGCGGUAAGAGCGUGGACGCUAUUAAGGAUGCUGGGGCUGCUAAGAAGCGCGUGGAUUGAGGUGGAUCAGUGGAAAAAAAAGAAGAGAUAUGGGCAAAAACAUAUCCACUUGGAUGGUUGGAUGAGAAUCGUGUUGGUCUUCACGGAUCUUUGCUUACUAGGCGUUUUUCCACGGUCACGGCACCUUUGGGUCAGUCAUCCUGAUAAAAGGGAAAAAAUGGGAAGCGAACUUGGGAAAAUAGGGAAUGCUGGAAUAUUGCUUACUUUGCCUUUAUACCAGUCAGUCUACAAAGCCUUUUACCAUACGAGCACACAGCCAACAGUCCGAAUCAAGCAUCUUAUACGUUGGCAUGCUUUGUCCAAGUAACAGGCUUAUCGACUGUUGAACAUUAUCCAGAAGAUGUCAACAUACACUCUAAAACCCAAAGCCCUCGU